AUGUGGAACAUGGUAGCUGUGAGGGAGAAGCGGUUGAGGAUCGCUUGUAGGAUUUAUUGCAAACCAAGACAUAAAUCAGCCCAUCACUUCCUCCCGAUGCUUCAAGGCACGCCAAAGACUGAUAAACCGUGCGAAAAGCGCCGAAAAGCAUACAUUUUCGCAGAUUCCUCGCUUCUGGCGGCUACCUCCAGGUUGAACUUUCAGCUUGGCGACCCCUACAUCCUGGACAUUCCGGGGGCCAAAAAGUUCAUGCGUGAGCUUGCCUCCGGUGAGCAGCAGCUCUUCAAGAUAUGUGAGGAUGAGACGGAGCGGAGUCUGAAGUGCACGCAUUGGACAGAUAAGAAAGAAAAUCUCUUGCCUCUGACUUCCCCAAUACACGCCUAUAAAAAUGGCACGUUGGUGGUGGAGAAGCUGGCGUUGGAUGAUGUGGCGGUGUAUUGGAGUCCGGAUGUGGAGAUGAUUGUCACAGAGCGCUUCGAAGAUGGCGCUCCAAUGGCCGUCAUGCCGGGAACGAUGGUUGCCCUGUUCCUCGAGAAA